GCUGGCUCAGUCUGUGGAGCACAGGACUCUUGAUCUCAGGGUUGUGAGUUCAAGCCCCACGAUGGGUGCGGAGAUUACUUAAAAAUAAAUCUUAAAAAAAAACAACAAAAAAACUUUAGGGACAUCUGGGGGCUCAGUUGGUUAAGCGUCAGACUUCGGCUUGGGUCAUGAUCUCUCAGUUGGAGGGUUUGUGUCCCAAGUGUCCGGCUCUGGGCGGAGCCUCAAGCUCUGUGCUAAGCCCGGGGCCUGCUUCGGAUUCUGUGUCUCCCUCACUCUCUGCCCCUCCCCUGUUCACACUCUGUCUCUCUCUCCCCCCAAAAUAAAUACACAUUAAAAAAUAAUUAAAAAAAAAAAACUUUACUAAAUUAGUUUCAGACCAACUUGCCUUUAAGGCAUAAAGUACUACUUGAGAUCAAAGAACACCAAGAUCUAAAUAACAAACAUUCCAUCCACCAGGUUUAGGAGGAAAUGUCGGAUACACCGACUCAGGAAGUAAUAAAUACCCCCUCCUUUAAGAAUUGCUUUAGACUUUAAGAAGCUCUUUGGCAUUUAUUUAUUAAGUUCUCACGUCAAACCUGUGAGAUAGUAGAGGAGGUGUUACCACACCCUUUUUGCAGAUGGGAAGCUUGAGGGUCAGAGAAUCGAAGGACUUGCCUCAGGCACACAACUGCAGCACCCAGGUAAGUCACCGGUCACCUGCCCGAAGGCCGAGGGCUCUUUGCCCUCCCAUCUCGGGGAGGAGAAAGCAUGAAAUCUGGACUGAGGGUGGAAAGGCAAGGCAGGACUCCCAGGGAACAGCAUGGGCAAAGGUCGCAGGUGGAAAAUGCCUAGAGGGCAGUGGGACCGGGCGUCACGAGGCACUGGAGGAGUGGGGAGGGUGCACUCCGACGGGUUCAGCGGUACACGGCCACGGCCAGCUUGGCCCGUCUUCCGCACGCCAGCCACGUGCACGAAGCCACGAGGCUGGAUCUCAGUCCCCGGAUGAGGGGCGGAGCCGAGACUCUGGCGGAGGAGCACGCGCUCCGCUCGUGCCCUGUAGCCCACGCCGUGGGAACCUGCGGCCACGCUCGCGACUCGUGGAACCGCCCAUGCGCGCCCCGGGCUCCGCGAGUUCUCUGACGCCCCCGCACCCUACCCGCCUAGGUCGUUAGCCCUCGCGGGAGGUCCCCUCCAGGUUCAAACCGGACCAGGCAGAGGACCUGAGGAAGACAGACGCCCGGAGGACGGGUCCCAGAGGCCAGGAGCACUGACCACCGGACCUAUCCGAUCAAACAGGCCAGACCGCUGGCCUUAGUGUGGACCAAGGACGCCUCCGCCUUGGCUUUGCCCUCGAAUCCAUGGAGCUGAGACACGACGCCAGCCGCAAGGAGAACGUGCCCCCCAGGCCUGCGACGCCCCUGAGGCCAGAGCGACGGAGAUUUCCGAAGAGCAGAGGUGUCGGCCGGGGCAGCGGACAUGGCCGGUGGGUGCGCGAGUGCCCAGCUGAGAGGGAAGGGCCUGCCACCAUACGCUCCCCGGGGGCAGAGCGGCUCCAGGAGCCCUGCCGGGUCCAGACCAACCUGGCCGGCGCAAGCCUCGUCCUGAAGGACGCAACUGGCCGGCUGGUGAACUCAGGCUUGCAACAGCAGAGCAACCUGCAGACCCCGGCCGGCAGGCCCCAGGGGAGAGCCCGAGAGCUUGUCGUCCAGCAGAGUAACCUGAACAUAAGGGGGACCAGCUUGGCCGAAGGCAGGAGUCACCUCAGCCCCCGCCUCCGGUCAGAGCUUCAGGGCAGCUUCUGGCCCCACCCGAUACCCCAGGGAAGCCCUCUAUCCCGAGCGUCACUGGCUAACCCACCCUCCAGCCUGAGACAGUCCCGGUGGCUGGGCACAGACAUCCCCUGCCCAGACGUCCAGCCUGCUGCAGGCUUCACCUCUCUCAGUGGGCACACACUUCCAGGCUCCGGACCCUGGUGUGUCCUGGGGAACUGGCCCCCUAGGCUCAUGGGGGAGCCCCUCACCCUGGAGGACCUGACUGUCCCAGUCCAAAGCCAGGCUCGGGCCCCAUCCCAGACUGCCAUCCACCAGCUGCUGGCCUCUGUGCGACACCUGGAGCACGAGGUAGCCCGUCUUGGAUGCCGAGCCUCCCAGGAACCCCCAGGCCCUGCUCACCGGGACCCCUGGACCAGCAGUGGCUGGGCCCUCCCUGCCCACCGCCAGCCCGGCCAGCCUGUUCUUGCUUCCUGGGAGGGGAGGGAGAAACCCGUGCGAGGCCUCAGGGAAACUGCGGAUUUCCCAGGGACACAGGGGGCCCAGGCUGGCCUCUCUGACGGGACGGUCGGGCAAGCAGUAAGCCUGCGUCACCGGAGCACGCUGAGGAAGCCGACAGGGGAUUUCCUCGACCCUAAGCAGGGGGCCCUUCUGGCCAACCCCGCGAGGCAAGGAGAGAACUUCUCCCCGGGGCCUACAUAUGGCAGCAGGCCGAAGAGGGACCCCCGGCUCCCUCCAGGGGUGGGUAACAGGGAAGCCAGACCCUGCUCUGCAGCUUGCUCCAGUGCUGCCCGGGGCGGCCCACCUGGGCAGGAAGGAAGGGAGGUGGCCCUGCAGGAGCUGGUCGGCAAGGAGGAGGAGAGGACAGCUUCCUGCCCACCAGAUGCAGCCCCAGCAAGGAGCGCCCUGCAGAACAAAGCCCGAAACGUUGGGAGCCUGGAGUCCGGGACGGCCCGAUGUUUCAGAGCCUGGUGGCAUCGGGUGCGGAAGCGGCGGGCCAUGGCUGCGGCGGUGGCCCUGGGCCGCCGGCGGCUGUUGCGCAGGGGCCUGCGGGCGCUUUGGUGGGCACUGCGGCUCCGGGAGGCCCAGCUGGAGGUGGCAUGGAAGCGACACACUCAGGCCCUGCUGGCCCAGAGCUUCCGAAAGGGGAGAAACCAGCCUCUGCAGCAGAAGCAAGGGCAGCCCCGCGUCCAGGCUGGGCCGGGACCCCCACCGUCUGGGACGGGCCAAGGCCAGAGCCCCUCAGGAAGGGAGCCAGGGGCAGACCCUGCCUGGAGAAGCAGUCCAGGGAGUCAGAGGGAGGAGGCGGGAGCCUGGCAGAGACCAGAUGGAGGCGAUGGAGAAGUACAGAUGCUUCAGGCCUUGCAGCAACUGGCUGGUGAGCCAUGGGCCUGCGGGGGAAGCAGGGGAGAGGGAGCUGAGCCCCCACACUGGGCAGGGCAGGGGGUCCUGAGCAAAGGUUUGCUGAGCAUCUACUCAGACGGCUUUUUGGACAUGAUCUCAUGUGAGCCUUGGGGGACCCGGGCGAGGCACUGUUUCGGGUCCAGCCCAGGCUUGCAUGGUAGAACCAGAAAGUCCCUCAGACAUCCCUCACUCACAGGGAAACUAAGGUCCAGAGAUGGGGAGCAACAUGGCCGCCUCCUGUCCCUGAGCCUCCCCACUCACUCACUCUCUCUUCUUGCUCUCUCUCCUCGCUUUCCAGCCUUCCUUUUAUGGAAGGAAUGGGCCAGGCAGGAGAGGAGGGUCCAGGGAGAGGCCUCCCGGGCCACGCUGAGGACUCAGAGGAAGGGGAGACCCCCCCAGGCCUGGUGCUCUCAUGCUGCAGACGCACCCAAGAUGGCCUCUCUGGACACCCAGCAGCAGAGAGCCUGGCUCGGCAGGUGCUUUGGGGCCUGGCAGCAGUUUGUGCAAAGAGGGGCCCGGUACCGGGACCGGGACCGCCUGGCUCACCGCCGGGCCAGGACCCUGAGGAUAUGUCUGCAGCAGUGGGUGCGAAUGAAGCAGCUCCAGGCCUCAGAUGGAGCGAAGGUGACCCAGCUGUCCCUCUGCCGGCAGAAGGCAGGGAACGUGGCCCUCUGCAGCUCAGCCCCUGGCGUGGCCACAGCCCAAGGCCUGGGGACGAUGGCCCAGGUGCAAGGUGGCAGCUCCCUGCGGGAAGCCUGCCGGAGACUGGCCCUCCGCCGGGCGCUGCUGCUCUGGAGGACGCGGCUCUCCCAGCGUCGGAAGGCUGACUCCUUCCUCCAGGGCAUGCGGCAGCAGAUGAUUCAGCAUAUCCUGAAGGGCUGGUGCCUGAGGGCCUGGGGUCCAGGCACUGCAUCAGACAGUGCCAGGACCACCUUGGCCCCGGAGCUCCUGGGCAGCAUCCCGGGCGGGGAGGACUUGCUGGGCUGCAGCACACCCCGAAGCUCACUAGAGAAGGUUUCCAGGGCCCCCACCCUCCUGGAGACGCUCCGGCUGAGCUUUGUGUGGGCAGCUGGGCGGCAGCAGAAGAGGCGAUGCCUUCUGCUCUGGCAGGUGCGGGCACAGCAGUCCCAGAGGGCAGCGAGGUGGCACCGGUGUGCUCUUCGGAGGCGCAUCCUUCUCGGCUGGAGCCACUGGGCCACAGCCCAAGGGGCCCAGAGAGAGCUGGCUGUUGGCUGGGCCUGGGAUCAGAGCUGCAGGGCCGCGCUGGGCUUGUGGCGGCGGCGGCUGGCGCAGAGGCUGCAGGCAGAGCGGUGCGUUCGGGCCCGGGGUCGCACACUGGUCCGGGGCGCCCUGCGCCGCUGGCACGGCUGCUGGCAGAGAGUCAUGGGUCUGAGCACUGAGUCAUGGUGCCCUCAGAGCCCAACAUGGGAGGUGGGGAUCGUUGGGGGCCCCUUUCGAGGCUUCCCACUGCACAGAUGCAUCGUAUUGAUGGGCUGGCAGACCGACGGAGCCACCCAGGCGCCCCAUAACCCCCGAUGGUUAGGGGGCCUCUUCUGUCUGCAUUUGGCUGAGGAGGGCCCCACAGUCACCCGGGGCCAGAGGGGCGAGGCUGGGAUGAACACGCAGUGGCAUUUCAGCCUCUCUCUGGCCACAGGGCAGCAGCUCCUGCACGAAAAGUACCAGCAGUGGGUGCAGGUCCAACUCCAGGGCCUGAGGAGGUCCGUGUUCCGGGACUGGCGACGGGCAGCAGCUCAUCGGAGACGCACAGCGGCCCCGCCAGAGCAGCCCCUACUGCAGAGCCAUUUCCAGGCCCCGUGUGGAGUUGUGAGAGACACAGGGGUGUUCCCAGCCACCAGAGCCUUCCGGGAUAGCCUGAGAAGGGCCCUGGGGACCACAUUUUCCAUGUGGCGAGAAGCCGGAGCAGCCAAAGCCUGGGCACAAGAGCAGCACGUGGCCCGGGUCCCCAUGACCCACUGGAGAAGCCGUGCACGGGGGGGGGGGAAGCUGAGCGCCAGGGUCCUAGAGGCCUGGGCCCAGGCAGCAGCCAGGGGCCGUGUCCAGGGAGCCGCCAUCACCCAGUUCCGGCAGGCUGCGUCCAGACGCCUCCUGUGGACCUGCUGGGCCCAGUGGCGGGCAGUGCUGCUCAGUGGGCAGUUGGAACCACAGGAGGCAGAGGCCCAGGAGGCCUGCCCGGUUGACCGCAGGCAGUGGCCCGGGGUGGCCAGCAGAGGGCGCCUCCUAGCACUGAUGGACACUCCAGCCCUGUGGAAGCAGACCCACCGCUGCAGGACGCGACCCAGCCCAACGCGGCACCACGGCCGCGGUGGACCGAAGGAGCAGAGAGAGAUGUCCUGGGCUCAGAGUAAGGAGACCUGCCCCUGGGGUCCAUCAUCUCGCAGGCCUGGAAAUCAGCUUCCGGCAAGGUGGCAAAUCCGUUCUGUGUACUUAUUCUUUAUUAACCUCUUCUUUCCAGGUGACAGAGAGCCUUCCCUCUGCCGUGCCUUCCAGGUCCAGCUGCAGUGGCCUGGACGUACCAGCCAGGCCCAGGGCCCGCCGCCUGGAAAACCAGGAGGGGACUGCAGCUCUGAGGCCAGUGUCCUCAAAGGCCAAGGCGUGGCCGGUGAGAGGCAGCUAGGUGCGGCAGGGCCCCGGGGCUUGCCUGAGCCAUGGCCGGAACUGGGUUCUUUCUGGCCGGCGCUCAUUCCUGGAGGAUCCUGGGGGAUGCGUGGCGCUGCCCUUCUACCUGGGCACGAAGGGCUCGUGAUGGUCUGGGCUGUCGGGGUGCUCAGCAGGGCCUCACCCCACCAGGAGGAGAUACCUGCAGUGCUGGCACCUUGAGGCCUUGCUUCGCCGGCUCCAGGGCUCCCAGCAGGCCAGGUGCCUGGCGGCAACAUGGCAGCACUGGGUGGACGCUCAGGGAGAGGAGCAGCUGGCACGGACACUGGUGAGCAGGCUCAGCCCCGCCCCCCCCCUUCCCAGCCUUGUGCUGAUCUCUCAGCUCAUCUCACCUCAACCCUAACCCCUAGAAAUGAAGUCUCCCGAAGCAUCUUGGUCUGCAUCCGUGGGGUCAGGCGACAGGAUCUGCGUUAACACACCUGAGGGGAUACCCCCGUCCCCGCCCCAUCACGGCCCCUCUGUCCUGUGCUGCAGGGGUGUAGGGGGAAGACGUGGCAGAGGGGCGGCGGGCCAGCUUGGGGCCUCACCACCUGUCCCCACAGCUCAGGCAGUGGCACCUGAAGCGGGCCUGGCGCGUGUGGCGGCGGCGAGUCCUGCGGCUGCGGGUAGCUCGGCAACUGCAGCAACAGGAAGGCGGCUGGGUCCUUUCCCAGGUACUGGGGGGUACCCCCCCCCCCGGCAGGACUUCCCAAACUAGGGCCACACCUGGACAUUUCUGAGCUGGGGGUCCCUUCGUUUCCCGGGGAGGAGUCAGUUCCUUUGAGAAAACACAGCUUGGAUUCUCAUUUGGCUGCUGGCCAUGUGCUCGGCCCAGUCCUACCCUGCCACUCAGCGUGGGAACAAGGCUCAGUCACAGCACAGCUGCCACUCAACGCUAGCCCACGCUGGGUAUGGGUCCCCGGGUGCCCACUCCCUCAUCUGCCCCACUCAGAACACAGCUCCCCAGAUCACAGAUCAGAGCUGUUCUGAGCCUCUGCAUUUGGCCUGGGGCAGAGCCGGCUGAGUAGCUGGGGCGAGGGAGGGAUCUCCUAUUCCCUCUGGGGACAGAAGGAGCUGAGCACAGGCAUUCGCCUAGCACAGACAGCACUGACCCAGGAGGGGGCCAAAUAGCCUUUCCUUUCUCCUCUCUGGCUCCAGGCCUUUGAGAAGUGUGCCAACAGCUGGCAGCCAGGGGCCGGAAGAGAGGAGCCACCACCAGCCCGGUACCCCCUGAGCAAAGCGGGCAUCGGGACUCUGGGAGCAGGCUGGAAGCUGCUGGGGUGGACGUGGGCGGGGCA